AUUGAAUAUAAUCAUGAUUAGAAUCACAAACAUGAAACACGAAAAAAGGGGCGUUUGGAAAGACGUUUCUGCAGAAUCACGUACGAAAAUGUUCGAAUAAACGAUAUCGUGAUUACAAUCAUGAUUCUAUGACGUCAUUGUGUCGGGCUACUUUAGGUUUGACUCUUGCCAAGCUCAAGACGCGCUAUGCUCAGUGUAUUUAUACAUAAUAUGAUACGCAUGCAUUCUGUGUUGGGCAUCGCAUCGUCCACUUCUUUUCAUCUUUUUUUUUGGUCAUGUCUUCAACUUCAAGUGAACUAGUAAAUGAACUAUAUAACUGAACAGACAAUGAUAUCAAUUGUUGUUGAGUUAACAAGUGUCAAUAUGAAAUUGGAUCUACGCUAAAAUUUACAUCCGAACACAAUUUUCGAUAAACCGACAAGAAGAAUAAUAAGUAAACAUAUUGUGGUAUAAUAGACUGAAUUCGGAAGAUAGAGGAUUGAUUUUUCGAGAGCCAAAACACGUGCGAAAAAAGUUGACCUAACUUCCUCUGUCAAACUGCGCACUGUGAUGCGCACUGGAUCGGUCCGAAUCCGAGGAAAAACAGCUUUAAAAUGAAGGUAGUCUGAACGCUGAUUCUGUGGUAUUGUGAUUCAUGUUUGUGUUUUGAAUCAUGAUUCAAAUCAUGAUUUAAAUCAUGAUUUUGGCUUGAGGUCGCAUAAACGCAGCCAUAGCUCAACAUGUUUGAAUGGUACUGAAUAUAAAGCACGCCAUCAUAGAUAGGCUUAUCGUUCUUCUUCGCAGGAAUGAUUUCAAUCAAGACUAGUUUACGUUCUAAAUCUAUAUUUUAUAAACAGCCUACUUUUGUGACCGUGUUGUAGUUCAAACUUAGGAUAACAAGUCAAGGCCAUCCUAAUCAAGCGUCAUGACGGAGACCUUAACGGAGGAAAAACUCAAUGAACUGGCACAGGCUGUGGCUAAUAAUGAAAAUUUAUUAACGCUCGGGUUGAAUCUGGGAUUCAAGGAGUCCAAGGUCAAGGUGUACAUCAGUACAAAUAAGCGAAAUGACAGUUUCGAAGGAACCAGUUCCAUGCUCUUUGCCUGGAAAAAGAAGACACGGAAAGCGAAGCAAAUACCUGAUUUAAUAAAAGCACUGGAAGACGCUGAAUUGACGGAAUUAGUUGAUGAAUUCUUUCCAUCUGGAGAGGAUGGUUCAACCCCUCCUGGUAAUGUCAAAGGAAAUGGAGCGAAGAAUAAAAAUGGUAAUCCAGACUCUGCUGAAGAACUGGAGGAUAUUAAUGACAUCUUGGACACGAUUGCCAAGACAGUCCGACAAAAUACGGAAAUCGACACACUCGGAAGAAAGCUUGGAUUUAAGUAUGAAGAUGUUCAAGGAUAUAUAGCAAUCAAUCACAAAACACAUAGCAUUACGUGGGAUGGAACUCUACAGAUGUUACGGGAUUGGUUUAAAAACCAAAAAAAAUCUGGUCGAGAGAGAGAAGCUUUGAAGACUGCUCUCGAAAAAUCAGGUCACAUUCGUCUUGCUGAUGAGCUCUUUUCAUUAUAGUAGACUUGUUAAGAGGUUGAACGCUGCAUUUUUGAGUACAAGUGUCCCACUUGGCAAAAAUGUUCCUUGAGUCAAAAGAAAAAGAUUCAUCCAAAGAGACACGCAGUCUCUAUGCAAAUGAGCAAGUAAUUUGCAUAAAUUUGCAUAUUAUGUCGAUACAGUGAAAACAAGUAUUUAAGAAUAUAUAUUCAACCAGAACUGCUCCAAAAUUGGUAACAAAGACUUAGGGUAAGAAUGGGAAGAAAAUUGUCAUAAAAUGAUUGGGAUAUCCUUGUUUACUAUUACCUAAUUUACAUGAAUUAUGCAAAUUAUAUACAUAAUUUAUGCAAAUUAGACAACAAUGUGGAUGGAUAAACGGCUCGUUGGUGAAUUUUUUCUCUUCCUCCAUCCAUAGAACGUUAGUACUGAUUAAAAUGCCUAAUUGUUUACACUACUCAUGGAAUUAGUAUAGGUAAACUCAUUAAUAUGUAUUCAUGGUAAUAAGUGGUCAUUUGCAUAGAUGUAGUGAAUCCUUUGUGCCCGAAUACUUUAUAAUAACCCUAUUUAACACAUAUAUACUUAUUUAUUAAGUUUAGAUCAUUCAAAAUCACACAAAAGCUUAAUAUAGUAUAAUUCAUGCAAAUUAUGCACUAAAUAUCACAAACAAAUGAAUUUAACGCAAAUAUUGAAAAUUACAAAGAUAUAGUUUUCUCAUGUAUAGUUUCUUUUCCUUUCAUCAUCAUUAGAUUGUCACGAGUAAGACAUGUUUUACUAUUAAAGCGGUUUUUCUAAUGUUUAGAGCAUUUUGCAGUUUUAUGCAUAAAUUAUGGUAAUUAGGGAUUAUUUGCAUAUUUUAAAAAAGUUCGUUUGUCCAAUGUCUUUCCCAGACCCUAAGACACAUUUAUACCUUUCAUUAUUUACAUACCACAUUUAUUGACACUUUUAUUCAAAUCAGAUCAUCCAGAAUCAUUUGAAAAAGGGGCACUUUUGAUUGAAAAUGUGUAUAAUUUAUGCAAAAUAGGUAAUGAAAUGUAUGGUUACUGCAUUUUUUUUCAUUAGUAUUCUUUUGCUGCUUCCACAAACGCUUUGCAUCAAAUUUGACAUUUCUAUGAAGUAGCUUUACAUUUUUACAAGUGUUUUUAGCAAAUUACUCAUUUUAGAGGCUAAUUUACAUAAUUUAUGCUAAUUAGGGUUAAUUUGCAUAUAUGCAGGGUGUCUCUUUGGAUAAACAUUUUCCAAUGGGUUAAAGGAAUAUACAUGCCAAGAGGCACACAUUGAACUAAAAAUGCAGCGUUCACCCCUUUUUUGCAGUUAACAAGUCUACUAUUAUCCAAUUAGUAAGAGAGAGAUAAUAGGAACAAACCUAUUCGUUCGGGAUUAUCUGUAAUUUAACAUGUAUCCCUUAUCUUUUAUUAAGAUGAGCCCAAAGUUAGGCUUAGUAUGCUCAUAAUGUUAAAAAAAGUUUACCCAAAUUAAUAAUAUUAAUAAUAAUAACAAUAUCACUGCCAAAUGCGUCCAUAUGCUCUUACUGGGAUAUCAUUAACCUGGCUUUAACACCGAAGCCUUUUAUUUUUCAAAAUAAAAAAAUUCGUUUGAUUAAAUAAAAGCCUUCAUAACAAAAUACCUGAUAUGCAUCCUCUAUUCAACAUGUAGCUAGCCUUUCUCCAGUACCCUCUAAAAACACCGAGUCAAUUUUCCCCGAAUAUUGGGUAGAAAGGGAACAUGCUUGUUAGCUUGGUUUUUUUACCCCAUAUUGUGCAAAAUGCACAUUUAAAUGAUAAAUUUUAACGCAACAUUGCGUUUACAAAAUAUUUUUCAUCUUUUUACCCAACCAACAUGCACGUUCCCAUUUUGCCCAAUAUUCCAAUAUUGGGUAAACCUUUUUGUAGAGUGUAUCUGGAAUGGCCCAGUAACGUUUGCUCAUUCAUUAUUCCAUUUCGUGGGUGCUAAUGCGUAAUACCAAGGUGAUUUUUUUUCUUUUGAUUUUGACACCAAUCUUAUCAAUCUUUAUCAUGAUCAAUCAAUCACUGAUCCAUUCGUUAUCUUUAAUGAAUAAACAAUACAACG